AAAAAUGCCCAUUCUCUUCAGCAAACAACGUGCACAACCACAAACACCCCAAUCUACGUCUUCAGGAUUUAGACAUGGUCCCCCAAGUACAACGUCUUUUGGCUCUGGACAUUCUCAACAGUCGCCAAGGGCGAGGCAUAAUUUGAGGCCAACCGCUUCAAGCAGUUCAAUAGGUGUGAUUAGACGGCUCUCAGUUGCGCACACAGGUCUUCGCCGGAGGGCGAGCCAAAGGGCCAGAAAAUCCAUUCAGAGAUUGAGAGGGAGAGGGGAUACUGUGAGACGUUUUUUGAGGGACCCAAAAUUAAUUGGCCAAAUAGCAAAAGACAUUUAUCAAAAAUGGCACAUAAAGCACUUGAUACCCUUAUUUUUUGUAUUGGUUUAUAUGAUAAUUGGUGCAUUUCUCUUUUUAUGGCUAGAGGAGGCUGCAGAAAAAGAGAGAAUUGCUAAAAGAAAUUUGGAAUAUGAGAAAGAAAGGCGCCUUUUUAUUAAAAGAAUGGAAGAAAUUUUGUUGGAUAGAAGUUCUCGAGGAGAUAUACUAAAAAGGAGAGAACAAGUGGAAGAGGCAGUUGAUCACUUAAGGAUAACACUUUCAAUUGAUCCGUUGCCUAGAUUGCCUGAAUGGUCUUUUACUAAUUCUAUGUAUUUUGCUGGUACAAUAUUCACAACAAUAGGAUAUGGAGAUAUUGCUUGUGAAACAUUUUAUGGUCGUCUAGCAACAGUGAUCUACGCUAUUUUUGGCAUUCCAUUAAUGUUAAUUACUCUAAAUGAAUUGGGCAAAUUUCUCUACAAAUCAAUCAACGAAUUAUUUGCCAUGUUUAAUAAAAUAUGGGCAAAAUUACGGAAACGUUUGGGAUUAAAAACUAAAGGAAAAGAUGAAGCAAUGAAUAAUGAUGUGGAAAAGGGGUUGAGGAAUGGAGAUAAUAGCAGGCAGCAGAUACAAUUUAAAACAAGCGAGGAACAGGCAAAAGCCGUCAGCUUUCAUCUAAAUGCUGAGGGUGAAGAAGAAAAAUCUACAACAGACGAUCUUUCUCUAAAAAUGGAAGUAAACGAAAGUGACAAUAAUUGUGAAGAAAAUACUGGCCAAAAAUUUUCUUUGCCAACAUUAAAAGAAGAAAAUACGUUAACAGAAAGUGAAGAAUUAGUAAAAGAAGUAAAAGAAGGGAGUGAAGUAGAUGGGGAUGAGGGUGGGGGUGCUAGUGUAGAUUGGGAAGAUGAAGAGGAAGAAAGACAGGAAGAAGUAACUGAAGCCCCAAGAAUGCCUGUAAUUGUGGCAGUUACUUGUACUUUUGCUUGGAUAUUUUUGUGUGCUGGAUUAUUUAGAUUAUGGGAGCAUCAAUGGACAUACGGAGACUCCCUCUAUUUUAUGUUCAUUUCUUUGUUAACGGUUGGCCUAGGGGAUGUUAAUGUUCAAAGAAGAGAUUUGAUGGUCCUCUGCUUUAUUUUUGUCAUUAUCGGCCUCUCCCUCGUUUCAAUGUGCAUAAAUGUCAUUCAAAACUCCUUGGAAGACCUCUACCGAAAAUUAUUACUAAAAAUCUUGUCAGAUUAUCAAGCAGCUUUAACAAAAGAUGGAAGUCAUAAAACUGCCUCAAUGGGUGUAAUAAAGACUUUAAGCCUUAACAAAACGGCAAAAUAUUUAAUGCCAAUGUUGAGUGACACAACAAAACGUUCUGUAAUGCAGAAAGUGCAGGAAGAGGCUAGAGAGACGGGAAUGGAAAUUCCUCCAAUUUUUGAACAUUUUGAGGAAAUUAACCAAAUAAUUAACAAAAAAGAGUUGGCAAAUGAUGAAGAAAUACAAUCAACAAUUGUUGAUCAAAUAUUGAGACCAAAUUUACAAAGUGCACAUUCCAGUUUGUUAUGUGGAAGAUCUGCAAGCUUUACUUCAAGGGAUAGAAAUACACAAACAGAAAUAAAGAAAAAGGAAAACAAAAAUGACCAAACUAUACGUGUUGAACAUGAAGAUAUGGCUAGUCAAACAGAAAUAUCUUUUAAGCUGGAAAGAAUGGGUGUUGAAAAGGAACAACAAACAGAAAGGUGUGGAUCAACGGAUGAAGGAAUACAAACAUGUAGUAUCGAACAACGUGAUGCAGAAUCUAUGACUACACCAAGUACAAGCAUGAGUGUAGACAUCCAAACAGACAGUGUUUUAUGUGUCGAUGAAGAUGUCCAAACAUUUGAACUGCUUGAACUUGCUGAUCAAGAAGUUCAAACUGAUGAGAAGCCAACAAAAAAUCAAAGGAUACAAACACCUCUUCCUGUUUUAGUUGAUGCAGAAGCACAAAGUGAAGAGAUAAACAAAGAUUUGGAAAAAAUUCAUGGUUCAAGACUUCAUGCGGCUAGAAGAAGAUUGCGCCAAGCAUUUCACCGUUCAAAAGCUAGAGGAAUUGAAGAUCCAACAAUGCUGGGAUGGCAAGAAUUUGAUGAAAAUAAUUCAUCAGAUGAAGGCUCUUUAGAUUGGGACCCUAUUGAUGGAAUGCAUGCAGAAAAGCAGGUAAAAUUUAAAAUAGGUUCAAGAGUCACCGUGUUACCUACCAGGGAACGCGCCGACGGAAAAUCAAAUUCCCGAUUUUCGGGAAUCGUGAAUUCCCAAAAAUUUCGAAUUCGGGUCGGCGUUACCUACUCGAUUACUCCUCCCAAGGAAUUGUUUUUAAUUUUCCCUAGGAUUGGGGAAUUUUAUUCGGCUGUGGGGAAUUGA